UACUGCACCGUAACACAUUGCUUCGCUUGUAAAACACAAGGGCAUUUAGCAAAGGUUUUGCGUUAUUUCAACACUUUUUACUGUUUUAAUGUAUUGCUAAACACUUGUUCAGUUAUUGUUCUCCACCGUGGAUUAGAAGAUGCCUCCCAAACCUCUGGAGCCUCUGGCCAAAAAACUCAUGAAAGGAGUGAUCGCUCUGGAGCUGCUGGGCGUCUUCGGAGCGUAUUCUCUGUUUCACAGGAUGAACAACAGUCAAGAUUUCAGGAGCACCAUGAAUCGGAGGUUCCCAUCAGUUCUGGAGGUUUACUACCAGUCCAACGAGUGGGCGGGGGUCUACGGCAUCCGAGAGAGGGACCACGAGGCCUGGUCAGCCAAGCAGGACUGAAAGUGGCUGUCAGCUUGAAAGUCCACAAACACAUGGCGGCUGCUACUUUUUCCUCUUCUUCUGCCCGACCGUCUUGCCUCCCGUCCUGGCUCGACCAAACGUCUUCUUUUUGUUGAACAUGGUCUUCUUCCUGCGCAGCGUCUUGACGUCGCGGCCUUGGAUCCA